CUUUUCUCCACGAUUUUCCCGCCGAAUCAGAGAAUCUGGAAUCCAGAAUCAGAGAUGCAGCAAUGGAAGCCGAGGAUAUCAUCGAAAUGCUUAUGACGGAACAAAUUCGUCACAAUCUCAGAGAUGAAAAAUAGCAUCAAAUUCAAAGACGCACAAAUUGAUGAUUCUAUCGAGGCUAGUUCAUCAUCAUCAUCACUAGUUGCAGAUGCUGGAUAAUGGAAAAUGGUUGUAGAAUUGAAUGAGGAUUUGUUAGGAAUGAAGACACGCCUUUGUAGCCAUUCGCCACACCUCCAAACCCUCCCAAUAUUUGGCAUGGGAGGUAUUGGGAAAACGACUCUCGCUAGAACUAUCUACGACGAUCCAUUAAUCAGGGAGCAUUUUCAGAUCCGUGCUUGGGUGACAGUAUCACAAGAUCAUAGCGAGAGAGCAAUUCUUUCAGAUCUGCUGGAUUCUAUGAAAGAAUUCGACGCGGAAUGGAGGAAAGAAUCCACAAGAGACAGAUCUGAAGAGGGCAACGAGUCCCUGUUGGAAAUUCCUGAAAUGAGCAAUACUGAAAUGGCACUAAAAGUGCACAAAAUCCUAGUAGGGAGGAGGUUUCUCAUUGUGAUGGAUGAUAUAUGGAGCAUAGAGGUGUUGGAUUAUGCAAAAAUUCUGUUUCCCGACAACGAGAAUGGAAGUCGGAUCAUGUUAACGACAAGGCUAGCAAAUGUGGCUGCUUAUGCCGAUGCUGAUGCCUCUGCCCUUUUCCACGAGAUGAAGUUGAUGGAUGCUGAUCAGAGCUGGAGCCUACUCUCCGCUCACCUGGAUCACAUUCCUCCUGAGCUGGAGAGUGCCGGAAAGGAGAUUGCAAGAAGCUGCGGAGGACUGCCUCUUGCAGUGGUGGUGGUUGCAGGGCUCCUAUCCACAGUGAGCAAGACUCGGGCUGUGUGGGACAAAAUUGCAAGUAAUGUAAAAUCAUCUCUUGCCACUGGAGACAGCCAGAUAGAAAAGAUUUUGUCCUUGAGCUACAACCAUCUGCCUCUUCAUUUGAAGCCAUGUUUCUUGUACAUGGCAGGCUUUCCCGAAGAUCACGAGAUCAAAGUCACAGACCUGAUCAGGCUAUGGGUAGCUGAAGGCUUUGUUGAAUUCGAAGACACUGCAGAGCAGUAUCUGGAGGAUCUUGUCGACAGGAGCCUCGUCGUGGUCACCAAGAGGAAGUCUGAUGGCAGAAUCAAAAGUUGCAGCCUUCAUGAUAUGGUACACGAAAUGUGCAUCAAGCUAGCACACCAACAGAAGUUUUUCGUGCACAUCACGGGCAGGGGUCACCGCAUCCGCAGGAUCAGCAUCUCUGGUUCGGGUGUCCACUCAUUUGCCUCGACCAUCCGUACUAUCUUGUGCUUCCAACACACUAAACUCGCCUCUAUCGGAAGCCUGAGCUUGCUCAGGAUUCUAGACGUGCUAAAAGUUCGAUUUAUGUCUCGUUUGAUCCCUGAUCAGUUCUUCGAGCUCUUUCAUCUGAGGUACCUAGCUUUCUGCUACGAUGAGCAACUAUCCAGAGCGAUAUCAAAUCUUCAGAAUCUUCAAGCAUUGAUCAUCAAAGUAUCUCUGUAUCGUCCUCUGCCACAUGAGAUUUGGCAAAUGCCUCAAUUAAGGCAUCUCAUAAUUUCUGGUUGCUGCUUGCUCAUUCCUAAUGCCAAUAAUCCCACUUUCUCUCUACAAAAUCUCCAAACACUUGGCAAAUUGAAAAACCUCACGUGCUCAAUAAGCAUGCUCAGCAUGUUCCCAAACCUUACAAAACUGUGCCUCACCUUUUUCCGUGGCAAAGGCGACUUGCUCCUCCACAACCUCGUACACCUGUGUCGCCUUGAGAAGCUGCAGCUGGAGCUGGAAACCGAGUGGAGCGACUCCGGGGACGCAACCCUGGUUGCUCCGGACUCACUGAAGAAGUUGACACUGAUCGGGUGGGGCCGUUACGAGCCUUACAUUGGCAUUGUCGGUCCGUUGCCUAAUUUGCAAGUGUUGAAACUGAUAAAGUUAAAUUUCUGGGGGCGACAGUGGAGUGUCUGUGAUGGAGAUUUCCCUCGGCUGAAGUCUCUGCUUAUCGACGGAUCGAAUCUUGCAGAGUGGAACCCCAACUUCCCGAGGCUGAAGACCUUAUUCAUCCGUGACUGCCGGCGUCUGAGUAGGAUUCCGGAUGAUAUUGGAGAGAUUCCGACGCUUGAGCUCGUCGAGGUCAAGCUCUGUGCGGAGUCUCUGGCGGAGUCUGCCAGAGAGAUGCAGGAGGAGCAAAGGAGUUAUGGAAAUGAUGGAUUUCAAGUUCGUUGCAUUGAUUGUGACGGCAUUGCCGAGCUCAAAGAACACGAGCUCGUAAACAUUGAAAGUGUGAGAAAGGCAAAGACGGUAAUAGAAGAGCGGCCUCUAAGCUACAGAAAAUCUAAAAGGGUAGCCUAUGGCUAUAUGAAACGCCCUAAGCCUCUAAUUCGGUUAGACUAUACAGAUGCUGAGCUGAAGAUUGUAAACUACAAAGAAGCGGAGCCACAGUUGUAACUUGUAACUCAAGAAUAUACACAUACAUACUCGGCUUGGUUAGAUGAUCUGAUGGUCACGUCCAAUUCAAUUCUCUUCAGUUAUAGUAUAUGAUAGUAAUAUCCUUAGGCGGUCGCGUUAAUCUAAAACCGCCCCCUUAUAUACCCACAAAUGAAUCUGGGCGUUGGAUUUAGGAUGCGGGCGACUGACUGCGAAAUCUGCAAAAUUACUGAAAUCAAUAUAUACUGAGCUGUAUUUAGGAUUUGUAGUAGGGGUCGGUAUAAUGAACAGUAUGAACUUGUAUACUCAUCUUAUUGAAAUUAUGUAUUUUUCAUACA